GCCACCAUGUACUUCCGGUCUGGUCGACAUUUUUGUCGCUCCGAUUGACGGCAAACAGCAACCCUUUCUUGAUCUACCCCCAACGCGAUUAAAGCCCGUUUUUUUUUUAACUCUGCCCGACGAAUAAGGCAAAAGCAGCAAAAAUGUUUUACACGUGUGGACCCAAUGAAGCCAUGGUGGUCUCAGGCUUUGGCCGCUCGCCUCCUCUCAUGAUCGCCGGAGGACGAGUGUUUGUCAUCCCGUGUAUUCAACAGAUUCAGAGGAUCACGCUGAACACACUGACGCUGAACGUGAAGAGCGACAAAGUGUACACCCGCCAUGGUGUCCCCAUCUCUGUCACAGGCAUUGCUCAGGUGAAGAUCCAGGGCCAGAACAAGGAGAUGCUAGCUACUGCCUGCCAGAUGUUCAUGGGCAAGUCGGAGCCCGAGAUUGCCCAGAUCGCCCUGGAGACGCUGGAGGGCCACCAGAGGGCCAUCAUCGCUCACCUCACCGUGGAGGAGAUCUACCAGGACCGCAAGAAGUUCUCCGAGCAGGUCUUCAAGGUGGCUUCCUCGGACCUGGUCAACAUGGGGAUUGGAGUGGUCAGCUACACCCUCAAAGAUGUCCAUGAUGAUCAGGAUUACCUCCACUCGCUGGGUAAGGCCCGGACGGCCCAGGUGCAGAAGGACGCCAGGAUCGGAGAGGCUCAGUACAAACGGGACUCCGUCAUCAGGGAAGCCCAGGCCAUGCAGGAGAAGGUUUCCGCUCAGUACAAGAAUGAGAUCGAGAUGGCUAAAUCCCAGCGGGACUACGAGCUGAAGAAGUCGGCCUAUGACAUGGAGGUCAACACUAAGAAGGCGGAGUCGGAAAUGGCCUAUCAGCUUCAGGUGGCCAAGACCAAGCAGCGCAUCGAGGAGGAGAAGAUGCAAGUGCAGGUGGUGGAGCGCAGCCAGCAGAUCAUGCUGCAGGAGCAAGAGAUUGUCCGCAAGGAGAAGGAGCUGGAGGCCAAGGUCAAGAAGCCCGCUGAGGCCGAGAAGUAUCGUCUGGAGAAGCUGGCCGAGGCUCAGCGCCUGCAGCUCAUCAUGGAGGCAGAGGCCGAGGCCGAGUCCAUCAGAAUGAGGGGAGAGGCGGAGGCCUUUGCCCUGGAGGCCAAAGGUCGCGCCGAGGCUGAGCAGAUGGCCAAGAAGGCCGAGGCCUUCAAGCAGUACGGAGAGGGAGCCAUGGUGGACAUGCUGCUGGAGAAGCUUCCUCUGAUGGCGGAAGAGAUCAGCAAGCCACUUUCGUUGGCCCAGAAGGUCACCAUGGUGUCCAGCGGCGGAGCGGACGUGGGCGCCGCAAAGCUGGCCGGCGAGGUCCUGGAGAUUAUGACCCGCGUGCCCUCGGCGGUGGAGAAGCUCACCGGAGUGGACAUCUCCCAGCAGGUGACGGGGCAGGCCCUCCGUGUGCAUUAGUACGCCAUUGAUCAGUCAUACGACGCCCUCUCCCCACCUCCCUGCGUGUGUGAGUGUCAGCCUUAUCCAACCGCGCGUAUCCGUCUCUGUUUUUUGACCUCCUGUCAUAUCUCCCACAAGUGCUUUUUACCCACCGGGCAAAAUCCGUUACGCUGCAAAGCCUCAAAAUGAGUCAAUGGGUAAAGUUUGUCGAUUGGACGAGCUUUCUGUCCGCUAUGCUGGUCUGUGAAAUCAAGUUAGUGUUUGCAAUGCAUGUUGUUACCGCCAGCUCAGCUCAGCUCCAAAGAGUCAUCGGGCCUCACUGAAAAGAACAAGUGGUAACUUUUACAGGACAAAAAGUCAUAAGACAAAAACGGUCAUUUUCAUGCGAGAAUUAAGUUUAAACAUGUUGUGAUUUUAGGAAUAAACUAAACGUUUAGCGGAAUAAAAUGGAUAAUAUAUUGUAACAUUAAGAGAAUAAUGCUGCAUUCUUUAGGGUGUGAAAGUCAUCAAAUUCAGAGAAGUUUGUAAUGUUAAGAAAAAUUUGAUGUGGACGCUACGACAAUAAUGGUAGAAUAUAAGUGUGGCAUUGUAUUAACGUUGGAAUAUUACAGGAGAAUAGUCACCAGGUUACAGUGAAAAGAAAAAGUCCAAUCAAAAUCAUAUGAAGAUUUGUGACUAAUAUUGCUGAGUGAAAUGCUUAUCAGGACAAAAGUACACAUUUCCUCAAAAAAUGAUACCUUUUCUCUGAAAAUAAGAACUUGAAAGGCAUAAAUUCUUACAAAUUAAUUGUUUUUUCCCCGCUCAUAGUCUAAAUAGAUACAUUUAUUCUAUUUCAACUUAUAACAUGUAUUCUUAGAAAAGUGAGAAUUUUCUUUUCAAUGUGGCCAAGAUCCUCUUUAAUAUGCAAUUUAAUUUGAGAGGAGGCGGUAGUUGGGAGCGCGUGGCUGCUCGUGUCACCUCCUGAAAGCUAUAGCAAGUGUUUUGGAUUGUUCAUGUACGUCAACGUUACUAACUCGGCCACGCUGCUUUGAUGACUAAUUGUCUACGAGUAUAAAGAUGUUGUUAGGCUCUCCUAGAGGUUUUUCUACUAAAGUUUGGUUUCAGUUUUUAACGCUUUACUAACGACCCAAAGCUGGAUGGAUGCAUGUCGUCACCGUGAAGUGCCUGCCUGCUUCAACUCCUCGUCAAACCUCAGCGCUCAUGCGCUCAACCUGUUACGCAUCAGGGAAGAAGAAGAAAAAAAAAUCACCUUAUAUCUGAAUAGGUUCUGUCACAAAGGGCUGGAAAAUUUCCAUGGGAAGUUAAGAUGGGAAAGCAUAAGUCAACAUUUCGAUGUAUUCCCGACAAAUUCUAUGGAAAGUUACCAGUUUGUGCAAGCCUAUAUGCGAGCCAUAAUGCUGCCACUGCAGGUGCCGCUUCAUUUUUCAGUGUAGCCCUUUUUAAACAUCUACUUUUUAUUAUGUUACAACAAAGCAUGUGUAGCCCCAGUGAUAGUGUUAAAUGUGCAGCAUUUAUCUGUAUUAAAGUGACAUUCAACAAAUAAAGUUCUGCUUUAAUUA